UUGUAGGUAGUACAAGAACUGAAAAAUAAUUUUUGGUUGCCAGUAUACCUGUAGUCGUUGCACUGAUCAGUCGAUAGUUUUGUGAUAAAUUAUUUCUCAAGUGAAUUAAAUUAUUAACCAUGGGACGUGAUUCUAGAAAGGUUUCAAGAGAACUUCGGAGUUCUGAAAAAAUUAAUAAGUCGCGUUCAGUCAAAAGAAAGAAUGUUUUUAAUCCGAAAACAGCCGAACGUGAUGAAAGUAUUCAGAGUACAUCUUCUAAAAAAUUAAAACAAAACACUGAAGAUGAUGUACCUGAAGACAGCAGUACUGAAUUUCGAAUAAUAAAUUUUAUUCAGGUAUUCACUGCAAUUUCUGCUCUUAUAAAAUGUAAAAAAUGUGAUGGAAAUGUAGUGUUUCAAACAGCAAGUACACGUGGGCUGGGAUUCAAAAUUGUAGUUGCAUGUAAUAACUGUGGAAAUGAAUAUAUUCCUUCCUGUUCUUUCGUUGGGCAUUCUUAUGAAAUAAACAGACGUUUCAUUUUUGUAAUGAGAAUACUAGGAAUAGGAUACGAAGGAUUGUGCAAGUUUUGCGGCCUGAUGGACAUGCCGUCUUUUUUAGAUAAAUCUACGCAUACAAUUUUACUGAAACAGAUUUUGAAUUGUAGUAAAGCCGUCGCAGAAACCUUCAUGACGAAAGCUGUGAAUGAAGAAAAGCAAGCAAUGCCAACAACUGAAAAUGAAGAUAUAAAUCAUCUAACUGUAUCGGGAGAUGGAACCUGGCAAAAACGGGGAUAUACAUCGUCAUUUGGAGUUUCUUCUAUAAUUGGCUAUUUUACUGGAAAGAUUCUUGACAUAAACAUUAAAAGUGCAUAUUGUAAGCUAUGUGAGUAUUGGAAAAAAAAAACAAAUACUGUUGAGUUCGAGGAAUGGUAUCAAUCGCAUGAAGAUGUGUGUUCUGCUAAUCAUCAAGGGUCUUCUGGGAAAAUGGAGGUGGAUGCGAUGGUCGAAAUGUUUUCGUAUUCUGAAACUAAAUAUGGAGUUAAGUAUGCCAACUAUAUUGGUGAUGGUGACUCCAAGACCUAUUCAGGAAUUAUAAAAUCAGAUCCUUACGAAAAUACAACUGUAAAUAAAAAGGAAUGUAUAGGGCAUGUCCAAAAGCGGAUGGGGAGUCGAUUACGUACGCUGAAGAGUAAACAAAAAGGUCUUGGUGGUCGAGGUAAGCUCACAGGAAAAUUAAUAGACAAACUAACUGUGUACUAUGGUUUAGCAAUACGCCGGCAUUGUGAUUCUAUUGAAAAUAUGAAAUCUGCUAUAAUGGCAACCUUUUAUCACUACGGCUCGAGUGAUGAAAAACCGAAUCAUGAUAUGUGUCCAAAAGGCGAAGAAUCUUGGUGCUCUUACCAGCGCGCUGAAGCAAGAGGAGAGCUUGAUACCUUUUCUCACGAUUAUUCUCCUUUACCUUCUGAUGUUUUAAAAGCUAUCAAGCCUAUAUACGAAGAUCUUAGUAAUGAAAAUUUACUUUCAAGAUGUGUAGGUGGAUUCAAUCAGAAUAAUAAUGAAAGCUUUAACCAACUAGUAUGGAAAAUAUGCCCAAAAACGGUAAAUACUAGUUUUACCAUCGUACAAAUAGCUGCAUACGUUGCUAUGUGUAUAUUUAAUGAGGGUAUAAAUUCAUUAUUAGUCUUGAUGAAUACACUAGGACUUAAUUGUGGGCCUAAUUCUCAUCGGUAUGCAGAAAGAAUGGAUGCUGCACGUAUCAAAGUAGCAGAUAAGCGCGCUAAUGAUAACACCCGAGAAGGUCGAUUGCAACGUAGGCACCAGCAAAUCGAUAUUUUGGAAGCUGCUAUGUCGGCUGAAGAGCUAUUAUAUGGUCCAGGAAUAGAUGACUCAGUAUGAAUCUCCAAGGACUUAUGAUGAUCACCGCAAAGGACUUCGGGAGGAACGGGCUCUACAAAAACAGCGAUAACUUUUUGAAUUAUUAAUUUUUUUUUUUGAAAUUUUCGUGAAGUCAAAUCGAAACGUGUUCUAAUAAAGCUAUGUUUUUAUUUUUGUCAAAUAAAGUAAUUAACUACAAAAAAAAAAUUAUUGAAAAUCAUCAUUUUUUCAUACCCCUGAGUACCCCU